UCAUAACCUAACGGCCACCGACAUAUUCUAGUUUAUACAUCUACAAUCUUAACGCUUGUGUCUGACACUGUCAACUAAAACUCUACUGUACCACAUAAUCUACAUCGUCACCGCGAGGCAUGGCAUCCAUCGGCCCCCAACUCCCUCCCCAUCUUCAAAAGCGCAAACGCGACUCCAAAGACAAAGAGUCAGCCUCUCCUCCGACCAAGAUAUCGCGACCAGACAGCAACCCAGACGAACUCCCACUUGAUGAUGACGACUCCGACAAUGACUUUGGGCCCAGCGCACCCAAUCCCAAUCGCUCAUAUUCUGCAUCUAGCAUUGGCCCAUCUGCUGCACCACCGCGACCAUCAAUAGGCCCUUUCCCACCACCCAGUCCAUCGGAGGAAGACGAAAAGAGUGUUGCAAAGCCCACCACGCAACCGAUCGGUCCCUCUCUUCCACCACCACCACCUACAACGACGAACAUCGAUGAAAUCCCCCUCGAAGAUUCAGACGAUGAUGAUAUUGGUCCUGCCAUAGGAUCAUCAAUAGGCCCAACCGCACAUCCCGCCUCCGCCGCCUCUGCUGCUCCCAAGCGUAUCUACGGCCCCGCCUUUCCACCCGCCGACCUCUCUGAGCGUCCAACCACGGAUCCCAAUGCCGACUCAGACUCCAACUCAGACUCGGAUUCAGACGAUGGCUACGGCCCCGCCCUCCCCGGCUCACGAUCAGCCGCCAGCUCAAAGAAUAGCCACGGCAGUGGUCCUCCCUUCCCUUCCUUCGCCCAGCAACAAGACCGAGCCGAAGAACUUCAAACCCCCAAGCGCGACGACUGGAUGAUCGCACCGCCUACCAGUAGUAGCUACCGUGCCCCAGACCCGACAAAGCUCAAGUCGCGCAAGUUCGCUAGCGGGCGCUCUGCCGCCACGGAAAAAUUAAGCGGAGUAAGCAGCAUAUGGACGGAGACGCCUGAAGAAAAAAUCAAGCGGUUGGCAGCGGCGGUGUUGGGUCGGGAAGACCCGUCAUCUACUGCCGCUUCUUCCUACUCCUCCUCAAAAAUCGCCUCCGUCUCAAACACUGUCGGGCCAAAAAACCUGGACGAAGAAAGAGUCCGUUCCUAUACUGAACAAACGCGGGGACGGAGUCUAGUGGAGGAACACCAAGCUGCCAUUGCGGCGGGAAAGAGGAAACUGACCUCGAGUUCUUCUGCGCCUAGUAGACCGGCGAAUAAGUAUGGGAAGCAGGAUAUUGAUGAUGAAGAUGACCCGAGCAAGCGGGUGUUUGAUCGGGAGAAGGAUAUGGCGGUUGGAGGCAGGAUUAGCCAUACGCAGAGGAAGGAUCUGUUGAAUCGCGCGGCGAAUUUUGGGGAUCGCUUUCAGUCUGGGAAAUAUUUAUGAGGAACUCGGAGAGCAAGGGCUGGGUUUUGGACUUUGCUAGGUUAUUUGUUGUCCUCUCACGCAGUGCCACGAGCUUCCCAUGGUGUGACGUACCUCUGGAUGAGUUCGAGAAAGAAAACACCCAGAAUGAGGCGCGAACUUUCUGUACAUUCUGAAAACGUAUCACGAAUAACGAAAUCCAAAACUCAGAAAGCUUCGGUUUGACUCGGAAUGGUUCA